AUGGUGAAUCAAGCUUAUGUAUCGGCAAUCGUACAAUUCGCUGAUAUACCUGAAGGUAAAAGAACUAAUCGACAAUUUUACUUUCGAGGACCUGCUAUACCAGUGUACAACCCGUUUGUGAUUCCACAGGUUUGGAGUUCUUUUAGCACAAAUUCGUUGAAUAUCGCCACUGCAGGACAGUGUCUCACUGCUAAAGGGGUUAUAGGCAAGUGCACUUCGUUUAGACAAUGUUAUCCAUAUUUUAAAAUAGCAGAAUUUGGUAAUUUUGAAAGCUGGGUACUUGGAAUGUACGAUACUUGUAGUUACUAUACAGCUCAAGGACGACAGAUGUUUGGCGUUUGUUGUACAAAUCCAAACCCAAGUAAACCAACAGACCCGACAUCAGCGGGUUCUACGACAGAUACACCACUCAUAGAACCAGAGGAUACAGUAAUAGAGACCUUACAAACGAACACUAGUGCAAUACCGUAUUAUCCCCAAAUAUUUAACUGGCCACCUCCUUUACCCACCCAUUCUCCUAAUAAUACUAUUCCCCCUCUUCCAACUCACCCUCCUUCACCAGGAUAUCCAACUAAAGCUCCAACAGCUUGGCCUCCGACAUCUCACAAACCAAUCACCUCUUAUCCUACUUUAAAUCCUAUUUUUACACCAAUUUCAUAUCCUACUUAUAAGCCCCCCACAUACAAACCCCCAACUACCAAGCCCACUGUUAAACCACCUGCAGCCCCUGCUCUUCCAACUGCUUCCUGUGGAGCUAAAAAUGGCUAUCAAGACCAGAAAAGAAUCGUAGGAGGUCACAAUACCGAAGUUAAUGAGUGGCCUUGGAUUGCAGCUUUGUUUAAUGGAGGCAGACAAUUUUGUGGAGGAUCUUUGAUUGAUAACAGUCACAUUUUGUCGGCUGCUCAUUGCGUUGCUCACAUGAGUUCUUGGGAUGUUGCUAGACUUACAGUAAGACUUGGGGAUCACAAUAUCAAAUCGAAUUCAGAAACACGUCACAUUGAAAAGAGGGUGAAAAGGGUUGUGAGACACAGAGGAUUUGAUGCGAGAACCUUGUACAACGAUAUUGCUAUUCUGACAUUAGAUAGUCCUGUAGAGUUUACCCAACAAAUUAGAUCGGUGUGCCUUCCCACAUCUACAAUAGAUCCUACAGGAAAAACUGGUACAGUAAUCGGAUGGGGUAGUUUAAGAGAAAGUGGACCUCAACCAGCAGUUUUGCAAGAAGUAAAUAUUCCUAUUUGGAAUAACCUUAACUGCAAGGUAAAAUAUGGCGCUGCCGCUCCUGGUGGAAUCGUAGAGCAUAUGUUAUGUGCAGGUGAAGCCAACAGGGAUUCUUGCAGUGGCGACAGUGGUGGUCCAUUGAUGAUAAAUGAUGGAAAAUGGUUACAAGUUGGUAUAGUUUCUUGGGGAAUAGGAUGUGGAAAGGGACAAUAUCCAGGAGUAUAUACAAGAGUAGAUAAGUUCAUCCCAUGGAUCCAGAAGAACUUAAAAUAGUGUCAAGUAAAGUGAAAUAACUAGUUGCAAACGAAAAAAUAGAUUUAAGUAAGAUAGUUUUUAGAAAAUAUCGAUU